AUGAAACAGAGGCUUUGCCGAUCUGUAAUCCCUCCAUCGUCGCAGGGGCUCAGUGCAGCACUUCGUUCCUUAUUGCAACCUUUAAUAGACGUAGAACGUAUUAAACAUUUGCCAUCGCCUGCCAAGAAAGGGACUGAACUGCAGUUUAUAGCAACUUCCGCAGAAAUUGUUGGCAACGUUGGUAUCAAAAAUAACGUUCAGUAUGACGACAAACUAUUUGAGAAACUUCAGAUAAUACAGGAAGACCGAAAAUUUCGAGCAUUUUUGACCUAUAAUAACACCCAAUUACAUCAAGAAUUAGGAUCUUACUUUAUAGACUCAGUCGACAGGAUUUUUGGUGAGAAUUAUGUUCCAACUUUAGAGGACGUCCUGAACACUCAUUCUGCUGCAAGCGACUGUACAAUAAGCUUUGAUCAUCUUGGAUGUCAAUUUCAAUUUGUUGCCAUCGAAUACGAUGACAGCUUGACAAAGACCCAAAUUGAACAACACGGUGAUUUUAGAGCAGUGCUGAUUUGCGUCUCACUAAUGGAUUUCAAAGAUGGUGAGGGGAAAGGCCCGACUUUCAAAAAUCGACAAUUUCAACGAAGUUUCGAACUUAUAGGCAAAACAUUAAACAGUUGGUUCAAGCGAAAAAAAGUUAUAAUAUUGUUAACAAAAAACGACAUCUUUAAUCGGAUGACUCGUUCUUACCUUUAUGUCACAGACGAAGAAUUUCAAGAGCCAGAAGCAAAAGUUAGGGAAGCAAUUACAAAAGCUGACAAAAAAUGGCCAACUAAUAUAAGAACCAGUAUAUUUGCGGUCAAUCUCAUAGAUACUGGAAAGAUUCGCGUUACUGCUGACAACAUAUUUGCCUACUUGUUGGCAGACAACAGCAAAAGGCGUCCAAGUUUUGCUUACGAAAACUACCAAAAAUCCUCUAACACAUGA